UUUCAGUUAAUGGCAAGUGGUGGUCCUAGCAGUCCGCUUAAAGUCUGUAUUGCUUCUUGCUCGCUGAAUCAAUGGGCUUUAGAUUUUGAUGGAAACUACAGUAGAAUAUGCAAUACCAUCAUCCAAGCUAAGGAGCAGGGUGCUUUGAUAAGAGUAGGAACAGAGUUAGAAAUCUGUGGGUAUGGAUGUUACGAUCACUUCUAUGAACCUGAUACUCUGCAGCACUGCUGGCAAACACUGGCCCGUUUGUUGACAAACACAGAUUUGCGUGGUAUCUUAGUUUUCACUGGAAUGCCUGUCAUGCACAGAGGAGUCUUGUACAACUGUACAAUUGCAUUCCAUGAUCAGAAAAUUGUUUUCAUAAGACCAAAAAGACAUCUUGCCAAUGAACUGAAUUACAGAGAAAUGAGGUACUUUGUGAAUUGGAAACGCUCCAGGCAUGUGGAACCAUUCAUUCUUCCCAAGAUUAUAAAUUCAGUAACAAGACAAUUGAAAGUGCCAUUUGGGGAUGGAGUUAUAACUACACUCGACAACAUUGACAUAGGAUGCGAGACUUGUGAGGAGUUGUUUGUACCACACUCCCCUCAUAUUGACAUGAGCCUGGAUGAUGUGUCUAUCUUUGUGAACAUGAGCGCAAGUCAUCACAUUCUCAGAAAGUUAAAUUAUAGAAUAGAUCUUAUUCUACACAGCAUGAAAAAGGUUGGAGGUAUCUACAUGUAUAGCAAUCAGAAGGGUUGUGAUGGAGACAGAACCUACUAUGAUGGGUGCCCUAUGAUUGUUGUUAAUGGAAAACUUGCUUCUCAAGGAACUCAGUUUGGUCUGCAGGACACCGAAGUGGUAACAGCAGUUGUUGAUAUAAACGAUGUGUACAAUUACCGCUCAGCAGUGAUGUCUCGGUCUCAUCAAGCCUCAGCUGUGGAACACUACCCUAGAAUAAGCGUGGAGCUAUCGUUAGGGGGCCAGUGCGAAAGAGCAGCUCAGGUAGUAGCCAGCUCCUCCCAUCUCAGAUAUCACACCCCUGAGGAGGAGAUAUGUUACGGGCCCGCCUCCUGGCUCUGGGACUACCUGCGCCGCAGCAAGAUGGCCGGCUUCUUCCUCCCCCUCAGUGGAGGUAUUGACAGUGCGAGUGUCGCUCUGAUCGUCAGCAGCAUGUGUCACAUGGUCGUGUACGCGGUGGGGGAAGACAAUGAUAACCAGGUGCUGCGCGACGUGCGCUCACUAACGCGUCUCCCUAACUACACUCCUACCGACCCUGCGGAGCUGUGUGAGAAGAUACUUGUUACUGCCUACAUGGGAACUAGUAACUCGAGCAAGGAGACAGAGAAGCGCGCUGGAGCGCUCUCUCACGACAUCGGCAGUUAUCAUGUGAACAUAAACAUAGACGGUAUUAUAAAGGCUAUCAUGACGGUGUUUUCUCUCUUCACGGACAAAACACCCCAGUUCAAGGCGCAUGGUGGAUCACCAGUAGAGAAUGUGGCACUUCAAAAUAUUCAGGCACGAGUACGCAUGGUGACCGGGUACCUGUUCGCUCAGCUGAUAAACUGGGCCCGGGGCAAGUCGGGUUCUCUUCUGGUCCUGUCGUCUGCUAAUGUAGAUGAGAGUCUGGUAGGGUACCUGACUAAGUAUGACUGUUCCAGUGGUGAUCUCAACCCUAUUGGCAGCAUUUGUAAGAAGGAUCUCAACGCUUUUGUUGCUCACAGCAAGGAGAUGUUUGGGUUCCCGAGUAUAGACAAUUUCCUGACGGCAGUGCCCACUGCUGAACUAGAGCCCAUCAGUGAUAACUACACUCAAACUGAUGAACAAGAUAUAGGACUCACUUACAAUGAGCUCAAUGAUAUCGGCAAACUCAGGAAAAUAGACCGAUGUGGCCCGUACUUCAUGUAUAAGAGGUUAGCCUGUAUGUGGACUAUGCAGCCCAAAGAGUUGGGAGACAAAGUGAAGCUCUUCUUCCAGAAGUACGCUAUAAACCGGCACAAAGCUUGUGUCAUCACACCUUCCUACCUCUGUGAGCUGUACUGUCCUGAUGAUAACAGGUUCGACAUGAGACCGUUCCUCUACAACCCUAAAUGGGACGUUCAGUUCAGGGAGAUAGAUAACAGUAUAAAGAUAGGGGUACUGGCUAAGCAGCAUGCUGCUCCGUCCACUGCUUCCAUCGACAAGUUUGGAAAAAGGUAAAUUACGUGAUGUCAUAUUAUAAACACGUGACGUGACGUCACAUUACAUACACGUUACGUCAAACAGGAGAGUUAUAAACGAUGAUUGUAUGUAUAUUGUAAUGCGUGAUAAUGUCAUUAUAUGUGUAACGUUAUAUGCUCUAAGGUUUAUUGUGGAUGGUGUUUUGAAGUAGGUAAAGAAAAUUUAUGAUCAGUAAUAUUUUGAUUUUUCUUAUAAACAGCAAUAUGGAUUUAAUCUUAAAAUCGUUAUUAAUUGAUCAUAAUAUUAUAGUUUAAAUCUUUAUCAUGUUUGUUAUUUUUCCUUUAGUGAAAUAAGUCAUGAAUGCCUCAGACUGAUUCAUAAGUCAUUUUUGAGCCAAAUAUUUUAUUGUAAUAGUUAAAUUAAAUCAUGAUCUAAUCAGUUUUAAGUUGUAUCUACUCUUAACAUUGCAUUUUUUCUAAGCUUAUUAUUAUCAAAUAUUUACAAUUUCAUGAUAUUUAUAAUGUAUGAAAAAUAUGACAUAAUUGUCAUAUCAUAUUCAUGUCAAGCCAAUUUUAAGGUAACAGUUUAUUUAAUACAAAGGCUGGAAAUUUCAUUUUCGUUAAAGAAAUAAAACGAAUUUAGCUGACUUUUUCUAAAGUAAAUUACAUCAUUUAUCUCGACUUUACGAAGUAUACAUAUAAUAUUAUAUUGGAUUUAAGGCUCCAAACAAGAUCGCAGAUUUCAACCCAGAUUAGGGUAUCCGAAACAUUGUCCAAAUAACAGAGGUAUGCUAAUGGGUCUGUACCCCUGGUGCAGGAGCAACUCUAGGUCUGCUAACUGAUAUUUUGCUCUGGUAUAAGCUUAACGAGUUGACCGUGUCUCCUCUGGUCACACGCCUAACAGAAUCAUGUCAGUAGAUCUGGUCCGUUAUUGUAUUUAAAAUCGAAUCCAGGGGGUCAGGAGUAAACUUCUGCAGAUAUUCAUACCUUUGUUGGUAAUGCAGUGUUUUGUGAGUUGGUUGUUACGAACAUAAAUUUGGAACUUUGUAUUUAAGGAUCAGGUAAUAUAUAGUCUUAUCUUUAUUCUGUUAUCUCUGUUCUUGAUAAUCUUAUCUUUGUUCUCAUAUCAUGUUUUAACAUGCAUGAAACUUCUUUUGAUUUUGGCAAUUUCACUCGUGACAUAACAAUAAUAUCACUUUACCCUUUUAUAGCUUGUUGUUGUCAUAUAAUUGUUUCUACUUUUAUGCGACACUGUCUUUUUCACUGUUAUUUUAUACUGAUACAUUUUCGAGAAUUAAUCUUUAAAACUUAUAAUAAUACAUUUAUAUUAAAGCAUAAUAUUACGUCGAUGUUAUAUAUUUAUAUUUGUAUAUUCGCAAAUGAUUAUUUGUAAUUUGAUAGUGAUAAAAUGGUUUGCGGUUGAAAAUUUGUAUUUCUUAAUUUUAUAAGUUGAUUCAU